AUGGAUACACUUGGCGCCGUUGUACACAAGGAGUUCUCCUACAUACACAUCCCCUGCGACAUCAACAGCCCUGUCAAGGUGCUGAGUUUCCAGGGGACGGAAGACAGCUUCCGCGAACAAAUCAACAAGAAUUUCACACGGGAUUCCUUGCUUCCAGAGGAGCGGCAGGGAUUUGAGAAGCACCUCAAGGAACAACUCAAGGACACCCAGGAGAAGGCAGGAGUUGAGGACAAGUCCAAAAUCAAUCUGACCGAGGAUCUUCUCAAGACCUCAAUAGAUGCUGCAGGCUCAACGUAUCAGAUAAUACCGUUGACCCUGCCAACCAAGAAAAACGGAUUCACCGCCAUCAACUGCUAUAUCGACAGUAUCGGCCGAGUAAAAAACUUGCCGACAAAUGCAAGAGCAACUAAGCUAUGUUCAACUGACGUUGCAGACAUUCGAGGAGAAUGCUUCGUGUCUAAGACAUUCGACGACGAGGACAUUUUCAAAAGGGUUGACAUGACGAUGGAAGAAUACGGUGAAUUAUUCGAAAACCCGCCAGAUCCGACGGGAAGAUGGGACAGCUCGCAGGCGCUAGCCAACAUGCUUAACCCACAGGCAGCCGGUGCGCUGACUGCUUCGGCACCUGCAAAAACGGAGCCAAUGAAGAAUUGCGAAAACUGCAAAAAGGAGGAGACCAAACAGGAACCGCUGAAAAUAUGUUCACGCUGCAAAAAGGUUACGUACUGCUCCGUACAGUGCCAAAAGGAGGACUGGAGAUUCCACAAGCGUAUUUGUAAUGCGGCAUAA